AUGGGCUUUCCAACAGCUAUAUGCAUUCAGUCUAAGGUGACACUACCGUAUGCCUUUCUUCAUAUGAGACACAACUUGAAAUAUUUUGAUAAAAUGAGAUGCUUGCGGAAACGAUCAGCAGUGUCAUUCUUAGGCGUCCUUGUCAUUUGCUUGCUCUUCAUGAAUUUGUACAUUGAAGAUGGUUAUGUUUUGGAAGGGGACAAGCAAUUAAUCAGAGAAACAGCCACGCACCAGCUCAACCCAGAGCGCUAUGCUCACACAUACAAAGAUUUGUCUAAUUUCUCAGGAUCUAUAAACAUUUCCUAUCGCUACCUAGCUGGCACGCCUUUGCCAAGGAAAAGGUAUCUUACAAUCGGGCUAUCUUCUGUGAAACGGAAAAAAGGAAACUACUUGCUUGAGACCAUCAAGUCCAUAUUUGAACAGUCAAGUUAUGAGGAACUUAAAGAAAUCACAGUGGUAGUACAGCUGGCAGAUUUUGAUUCAGCCUGGUGUGAAGGGAUGGUCCAGGAUAUUUCACAGAAAUUUGCACAUCACAUAAUUGCAGGCAGACUAAUAGUUAUUCAUGUCCCUGAGGAGUAUUAUCCAAUACUGGAUGGUCUCAAGAGAAAUUACAAUGACCCAGAAGACCGCGUGAAGUUUCGAUCCAAACAAAAUGUUGAUUAUGCUUUCCUGCUUAACUUUUGUGCUAAUCUUUCUGACUAUUAUGUGAUGCUAGAAGAUGAUGUUCGCUGUUCAAAGAACUUUUUGACCACUGUUAAGAAAGUAAUUACCUCAAGAGAAGGAUCCUACUGGGUAACUUUGGAAUUCUCCAAACUGGGGUAUAUUGGAAAGCUUUACCAUUCCCAUGACCUCCCACGCCUGGCCCAUUUUUUGUUGAUGUUUUACCAAGAAAUGCCUUGCGAUUGGCUGUUGAUCCACUUUCGUGGACUGUUAGCUCAAAAGGAAGUGAUACGUUUUAAGCCAUCACUGUUCCAGCACAUGGGAUACUAUUCAUCUUACAAAGGAGCUGAAAACAAACUAAAGGAUGAUGAUUUUGAAGAGGAAUCAUUUGAUAUCCCUGACAACCCCCCUGCAAACUUGCACACCAAUAUGAAUGUAUUUGAAAACUACGAAGCAAGCAAGGCUUACAGUAGCAUUGAUGAGUACUUCUGGGGCAAGCCUCCUUCUACAGGGGACUUCUAUGGGAUUGUAUUUGAAAAGCCUAUUAAAAUCAGUAAGAUUAAAGUUAUCACUGGAACUGAAGACCGGCAAAAUGACAUUUUGCAUUAUGGGGCCUUGGAAGUAGGAGAGAAGAUUGUAGGGAGUAGAAUAGGGAGAAAAUGUACUACAUACUUGAGACUAGGGGAAUUCAAAAAUGGGAAUUUUGAAAUGACAGAUGUAGAGCACAAAGUUCUGUUUGAUAUUAGCUGCAUGAGAAUUCUUGUUACCAAAAGUCAAAAAGAGUGGCUAAUCAUUAGGAGCAUUAGCAUCUGGACUUCUCAAACAUCAAGUCAAUAA